GAAAUUCUGGAUGAUCAUUUUUUUGAGGAAAGACUUGAGGAACCUGCCUUCUACGAGGAGCGAAGGCCACAGGCCCAGCAUCGCAUGUCAGCUUUGUCCAUUCACGACGACCACGAAUUUGAAGAGAUCCAACCUCACAAGGAGCGUACCAAAGUCAUGGACGACCGUAAGAUAUCGCAGGACUACCUUUAUUAUCGCCUAACCAAGAACGGCGAUGAUUGGAGUAGAGCGUUUAAGGAUGUCAUUUCAGCACCAAUCGAACAAAUUGAAAAGAAGGCACGGGAGAAAAGAGGGAGCGAUGGUACUGUCCUUGAACAAAUGACUCGUAUGUCUCCGCUACGGCGUGGCCAGAUCGAAAAUUUAAUUCAGAAGGCAAAUGAUAUGGAGGUUGGCAACACACGCUGGGAAGUUGUUUAUAUAAAAGCUAAGAAGAUGAUAAGCCGGAAGAAAACUAAGGCAGUCGAGGUGCCUGAAAUGGAUAUUAUCCUCGCCAAAACCAAGAAACAGCUGAAGUCGCGUCAGAAAUCUAACACCGCUGAAAUUGUCGAUCUUCGAGAACCUUACCUCCCACGACCAAAAAAAGAGAAGCGAUAUGUUGAUGAUAACUAUUCUCGCGGCCGAAAAGACUCUGGGCUGGCAAUGUUGUCUGACCCAAUCACAAAUCUGCCGCUCUUCGAUAGAGACGGAAGACCAAUAGAUGAAAAUGGUCCAGUCCAGUUCACUGGACUGCCGCCUCAGAUUCCAAGGGAUAAGCCGCUUGGCGCAAAACUUGAACAAAUGAAAGACAAGGACAAGGACAAAGACAAGGGGGAUAAAAAGGACGGAAAGCGUGAUAAGAGUCAGAAGCGAAGCAGGUCGAGGGACAAGUUUGCUGAACAUGGACAUGAACACGAUCCUGAUAUUAUGGUGGUUCCAGAAGGAACUUUUGAUGGCGAUGCUCCUCUCGAGGGCAUCUUUGGAGAGAUCAAAGAAGACAAGCGGGGCCGGAGAGGAAAGUCUCCUCACGGUCAUCAUGAUCAUCCUGACCAUCCUGAGGUCAUGUUUGGUGAUGCUCCGAGAUCCCAUUCACGCCGACGCCGCGGCGGUCACGAAGGCGAAUUGCGAGAGAAAUCCACACAUCGUCGAGAGAAGUCCCGCCCUCGAGGUGACUCGGUGCACUUUCCAAACAGACGUACGCAGCAAUACUUUGAUGGCAGCAGCAUUUCCUCAGGGGGUAGUGACGUGAGCCAUUAUGGCUACGAGUAUGAUGCCGAGAGCUCAAACACAUCUAUCGGCACACAUGGCAUUCCACGACGAGGAAGCCUGGUCCGGCAUGAGUCUCGGCCUGAUGUCAUCUACAAGCAGCAUCGCCGAGGUCCAUCUGUGCCCGUGAGACAUGCCUCGUAUUCGGAGUCGCCACGACAUUAUCAGGAUACCUAUGUGCCAAGAUACUACGACGAAGCACGCUUUGUCAAGCCAGCACGAACACCAAGAGAAGGUUACGUGGUCUACGAACAGCGUCCGACUGAAGGAAGAUAUGAGCGCCCCCGCAUUGUGAGACAGUCAACCGUGCCUGUCCAGAUCCCGGAAGACCGGCAGCUUCUGUAUGAAGCGCCAGCGCAAUAUCACCAGCCUACACGAGACCUGGUUCCCAUCCAGCGCCGUUACAGUGAGAACGCGCCACUGAUCCGCCAUGAUGUGAUGCCGCCCGUACUUCAUUUCCCCGAUGAGGAUCGAGACGUCUACCACCGAGACUCACUUGAGCGUCAGAGCGGGAACAUUGAGCAUUAUCAGCGAGACCGCAUCAGAGAGGAGUUUCUCAACGAGAAAGAACGUGAGAUGACUGACCGCGAACGCGACUUGGACAUCCGCGAAGAAGCAGUAAGACGCAUGCGACGAGAGAGUCGCGAUCUUGACGACAGGGACCUCCGAGAGCACAGAAGGUCAAGGAUCGUCGUUGACCCAAACACUGGCCAACGUUUUUACCUUGACGAGUAG